AUGCAAUACGCCGGAACAAUUUCGCCGCCGGUGCUAAAUUUCACGUCGGUAAAAUUGCCGAGAAUUUUCAACUCUAGAGUUCCGGUUUUGCUUUCUGAAGGGAGAGCAAAUGAUGUUGCUUUCUAUGACCAUGUCCGUAAGAGACAACAUAAUUUGUCUGUUCUUUCUGUGUGUGCACGGAGAUUGAGCCGUCAUAGGAAAUCCGUUACUUAUAUAACAGCGGCCUCGAGUGGUGGUGAAGGCUCGGUGUCUGAGCUGGACGAUAAUGUGAGAAAGUUAGUGCAGGCUUUGCUAUGGACUGCAGAGGGCAUCUACAUCGGAGAUCCUGUUUGGGCCAUUAGUUCAGAAACAAUUAAUGAAUUGAUCGGCCUCUCUCUCAAUUUCUUCUUCAUACUGCCAUUGACAAACAUUGGUAAUAUUAUUCUUCAAGUUCGUUGUAAAAUUCUUUUUCCAUUACUUAUUUCGAAUCUCUCUGUUGAUACAUAUAUAAGUUGUCAUUACAUUAUAAUUUUAAGAAUAGCCGGUUUUCAUUUAAUCGAGGCACCGGUGCUUCAUCCGAUGUCCGAAGGCUUGUUCAACUUUGUAAUUGGGUGGACAGUCAUGUUUUCUCCUCUGCUUUACACUGAUAAAAGGAGAGACAGAUUCAAGGGAUCACUUGACGUUCUUUGGGGCUUUCAGAUGUUCCUCACAAACACAUUCUUAAUCCCUUACAUGGCUUUACGUCUGAACAAGGCUGAUACGGAAAACACACCAAAAAGCACCUCUCAGCUGGGUUCAGUUAUGACGAAAGGGGCAGCUGCAGUUGGGCUGAUUAGUGGGCUUGUAUGUUUUUUCUCGAUAUUGUGGGCCUUAUAUGGUUGUGCGGAUGGAGAUUUUGGUGAUUUACGAGCGAGAUGGGAGUUCGUGUUGGGCUAUCUUGCGUCCGAGAGGCUUGCUUAUGCUUUCAUUUGGGAUAUCUGCCUGUACGUAGUUUUCCAGCCAUGGUUGAUUGGCGAUAACUUGCAAAACCUCGAGAAGGAUAAAAUCGAUUUAGUUAAAUUUCUUAGGUUUAUACCUGUAGUUGGCAUGAUUGCUUACUGUCUUUUCUUGAAAGUUGACAAGGAGAAGUAGCUGUUAAGUAUAUGUUAUGUUUAGAUUGUAAUGUUAUUAUACUGAGGUUAAGUAGACUCCAUUAACAAAAGUCAAAAUGGAUCAUCAGACACAAUAAAGGAACUUUUAAGUUUGAGUAGGUCAUUUGUUUGUAUGAACAAAUGAUCUUUUUUUGGCCAAAAUCUAUUUUUACUUAAAAAGCAACCCAGCGAAAUUGGACAACCAUGGGGUGUAUAUAUGAAC